GAGAGAGAGAAGUUAGGUAAUGGAGAAAAGAGCAGAGAAGAUAAGGGUGGUGUUGGUUCCACUUCCAUUACAGGGACACAUAACUCCAAUCAUGCAACUCGGUAAAGCCCUUAAUUUGAAGGGCUUCUCAAUUACAGUUGCCCAGGGAGAAUGCAACCAAGUAAGUUCAUCUCAACAUUUAUCUGGCUUUCAAUUUGUCACCAUACCAGAAACUGUGCCGGUGUCUCAAUACGAGAGAAGACCAGUUGAGUUUGUGAUGAAGCUCAACAAAACUAGUGAGGCAAGCUUCAAGGACUGUAUAGCUCAGUUGUUGCUACAACAAGGCAGUGAUAUAGCAUGUAUCAUCUACGACGAGCUCAUGUACUUCUGUGGAGCUACAGCUAAGGAGUUCAACCUUCCAAGUAUCAUCUUUAGCACUACAACUGCUACACAUAAAUUUUGCUGUAGUGUUUUAAGCAAACUCAAUUCCAAGAAGUUUUUGAUCGACAUGCAAGAUCCUGAAGUGCAAGACAAGGAAGUGGAAAAUUUGCAUCCAUUAAGAUACAAAGACCUACCAACUUCAGGAAUGGGGCCACUAGAGCCAUAUUUUGAGCUCUUGAGAGAGAUAAUCAAGAAAAGAACAGCUUCGGCUGUUAUCAUCAACACGACGAGCUGUCUAGAGAACUCUUCCCUGUCAUGGCUUCAACAAGAACUGGGAAUCCCAGUGUAUCCAUUAGGCCCUCUUCACAUUUUAUCUUCAGUGAAAUCUAGUUUACUCAAAGAGGACAAGAACUGCAUUGAAUGGCUGAACAAGCAGAAACCGAAGUCAGUCAUAUACGUAAGCUUUGGAAGCCUAGCUCUGAUGGAAACCAAGGAUGUAUUGGAGAUGGUUUGUGGAUUGUUCAAUAGCAACCAACCGUUCUUAUUGGUUAUCCGACCGGGUUCUAUCCUCGGCUCAGAAUGGAUAGAGUCAUUACCAGAGGAAGUCAGUAAGAUGGUCUCAAAAAGGGGGUACAUUGUGAAAUGGGCACCGCAGAUAGAAGUACUUGGACAUCCUGCACUGGGAGGGUUCUGGAGUCAUUGUGGAUGGAACUCAACGCUUGAGAGCAUUGUGGAAGGAGUUCCAAUGAUUUGUAUGCCUUUUAUUGGUGAGCAGAAGCUAAACGCAAAGUAUAUAGAGAGUGUGUGGAGAGUUGGGAUUAAGCUUGAAGGUGAAAUGGAAAGAGGAGGAGUAGAGAGAGCUGUGAAGAGGUUGAUUGUGGAUGAAGAAAGUGAAGGCUUGAGGGAGAGAGCACAUGUUCUAAGAGAGAAGCUAAAAGCCUCUGUAAGAAGUGGAGGCUCCUCAUACAACGCAUUGGAUGAGCUCGUGAAGAUGCUGAACUUCGUGCACUAUUAACUGAUUAGAGAUCAAUGAAUUGUGUGGAUCAAGCUUGAUCUUUUAAAAUUUACAAAGUACCAUAAAUAAAGCUACACUGCAGCUGGUCUUAAUUGUAACGAUAAAUAGCUAGCUACAAGUAAGAAAAAAGGUGCAAGUCACAGUUCCUUCGACCAUACAACUCAA